UCAGAGUAAGAAAAUGCAGUCAUUGAAGGAAAAAGCAUCAAAUGUUGCCGCUUCGGCAAAAUCUGGUAUGGAAAAAACUAAAGCUACUGUCCAAGAAAAGGUUGAGAGGAUGAAAGCCCAUGAUCCAACAGAGAAAGAGAUGGCAACAGAGAAGAAAGAAGAAAGGAUCUAUGAAGCAGAGAUGAACAAGCAAGUAACUCAAGACCGCAAUGCAGCUCUCCACCACGGCGCUGGCAUAGGCACCGGGAGGCCACAUUAUUCAAACACAACCGUUGGUUCCACUGGACACCCAACUGGGCUCACAGAUGGGGUGGUUCCAUCUCACCCCAUUGGAACAACCACUGGGACUCAAAGGCCAUCUGCUGCUCAUAACACCCAUAUAGGUGAUGGAGCUAACCAGGGCUAUGGCACUGGUAAGUAUAGUUAGGCUGGGGUGGAGCACAAUAAAAGUUACCGAUUAACUAGAAUUCAAUAGUUGUAGAAUACAAACGCUAUUGAGAAUCCAAUAAAUAAAAAGAUUUGUGAUCAGAACCCAUGAUCAUCAAAUUCUGAAUCCAAAUCUAUAGUUAGGGUAUCAGAUUAAGCUAGAAAUAUUUGGUUUUUGUUGCCUUAAUGACACUACAUUUAGGUGCUUCAAUUGGUAUUAGGUUUUUUGGGGGUUUAAUUUACCCUCUUCAUGUUGUUACAAAAUUCCAAGAAAUGCUUAAGUUAAUCCAAUUUGUAAC